GUACAAGGACAAGCUGGAGAGGAAAAAGGCUCAACUAGCGGCUGCUGACUGCCCGAUUCUAGUUGCAGGUGAAACAUCUGCAGGAAAAAGCAGUCUCCUGAAUCUACUCCUAGGACAGGACCUGUUACCUUGUUCCCACCUGUCCUCCACAUCAGUCAUCUGCCGACUGAGGUACGGGGUGAGGAGACGUGCUGUUGCUGUGAGGCUGGACGGAGCGGAGGAAGAAGUCCCACUGGAUGAAGACUCAGAUCUUAACGUGCUGUCCGAGUACGUGCACAACAAGCAAAGAGACCAGCCACUACCGUAUAAGAGUGUUGAUAUCUAUCUUCCCAUUGACUAUCUGAAGAGUGGAGUUUUCCUAGUGGACAGUCCAGGCAUCGGAGAGAGCACAGCGAUGACGAGUAUUGCCAUGGACUACCUCAGUGAAGCCUUUGCGUUCAUGUAUGUCAUCAAUAGUGCGAGCGCAGGAGGGGUGCAGGAGGACAGGCUCCAGGCCUUGCUGCAGACAGUUAACUCCAGGAAGGGUGAAGAUGACCGCCCUUUGUUCUCACCGCGGUCGGCCAUCUUUGUCUGCAACAAGUGGGACCUCAUUCCUCCGGGCGAGCGAGAAGCUGUGAAACAGGAUACAAUAAGGAAACUGAAGACCUGCUGGCCAGGGUUCACAACAGACCAGCUGUUCUUCAUGUCCUCCAAGUUAGCGGCAGACAUCAGGGCAGAGGGCUAUAUGACCUCGGAUUUUGCCAGACUCUUGGACGGAAUCGAAAAGCUGCUACCCAUCAGCCUCAGGUCUAAGCUGCAACACCAGUUCAGGUGGCUGGACUACCUAGUAGCCAGAGUUGUGUACCACUCUGGUGUCUAUGUGCAGCAGGCCAAGUCGUCCAGGGCAUCCAACACUAAGCUGUACAGGGAGACUGAAGACAGACUGAACACGUUAGACAAACAGGCCGGCCACAUCGUCAGCAAGCUACGGGUGUUCCUGCAGGACAGGAUAGAGGAAGGUGUAGGCCAUCUUCAGUCUGUUCUGCAGUCUUCCCGCGUGCAACGCCUGAUGUCACGAUGGGAUGCGGCUGACUUACCGGACACCCAGGACUGGGCUGACCUGGAGAAGGCGCUGGAAACCAGGAUCGGUGAGCGGCUGGCAGCCAUCUUGUCCCAAGAGCACUUCGACUCCUACUUGAUUGACCUCGAGGCAACGAUCACAUCUGAGUUCCGCAGGGAGUGUGGUGUAAUUGAGCAGCAGCUGUCGUGGGUAGAGCAUGCCCUUCAGGGGUCGCGCCAGGAUGACCUGUUCGACCUUCUCCAUGACGAGGAGUACACCAUCAAAGCCCACUCCAUGUUUCAGUUGUCUACAGGUCAAAAGUUUGCCAUCGGUUUGACGUCACCAAUAUGGCUUCCCAUCGGUAUUGCCGUCAGUGCUGUAGUCGCUAUCCCGGUGUUGGCCUUCCUGGACAUCAAGGCCGUCCGGAAGAAACUGGCCUCCGAGAAGCAUCUCACAGUCUACCGUGCAGACAAGGUUCAGUACAUGCAGCAGCGUGUAGCAACUGCGAUGCAAAGAUUUUCAGAGAAGGAAAACAUGUGCCAAUACGUCCGGGCAAAACUGAGCAAUGCCGAAGAAUUCCUCGCCAAGCUGGAGAAGACCAUUCCCACACUGAUCGAAGCUGACCGCUCACUUGUUUCGAGUCUUCAAAAGGAGGAGCGAAGUAACGAACAGCUGCUGAGGACUUAUCAACCCGUGUAUAAGACAUUUAGGAACCUACAAGGGCUCCUAAGUGCAUUUGAGUACCAACAGGUGCGCGAUUACGACAUCUCCGAGUCCAACAUUACAAGAUCUGGGACGGAAGUAUUUGAUGGAUUAUUCAGCAGAAUGUACAGUGUGAACAUCCAGAGGGAAUCCACCACACAAAGAUUGACCUGCAAAGACUAUAAGGCUCGUCUGGACGCUGACAGUGCUGCCACAAUCAAGAAAGAAGAGGAGUUAAUCCGACGGAUAGAUCACAAGAAUGUCGCAGCAUUUCAAGGUGUUGGCGAGAGUUUUAGACAGGGUUUGAGGCGCCCAGUGCUACUACUUGAGGAGCUGAAGGGUUCCUUGAGAACAGAGUUGCAACAUCCAUUCCGUAUUCCGGCCCUCAUGAAGAGCCUGUAUGCUAUCCCAGAAGCCAAGGUCAAGGUCAUCCAGAUACUGGAGGGUCUGCUCUAUUUGCACUGCAGGGGCUUAGUCCACGCUGAGCUGUCAUUGGAUAAUGUAAUGGUAUCCAUGGAGGGUGAAGUUAAACUCACCAACAUUGGCCUACCUCGCCACGUGACUGCAUCAGAUGGCACAGAAGAUGCAGUUGCGCCCUCUACCGUGUACCUGCACCCGGAUGUUGUACAGAAGGGUGUUCGGUACGAGUCCUACUGUGACAUGUAUGGGCUGGGCAUUCUGAUGUGGGAGAUAUGGUAUGGGAAAAGAGUGUACGACAAUGAAGAUCCGGCCCAUCUCCUGCCCACCCUGGGAACGAGACGUCCCGGUGACGGGGUAGGAGAACGUCCCAACAGCCAUUGGAGGGACAUCAUGGAGGCGUGCUGGGCUGUCCUCCCCGCGGGCAGAAUGGACGCGUCCCAAUGUCUGCGUCAAAUGAGGGCGAGCUCGCAAUGCCAUAGUCCAUGACGGAGAUGUCCUUAAGGAAAAAAAAUGAAACUAUAUACUUUAUCCUAAAUUCUGUAUCUUCUUUGUUACCGCUAGUAUUUAAUAUUUAUGAUCUUCUAUAAUUAAUAUCUGUUGAGGUAAAUGAAGGAGUCAUCGUAUUAGGCUAUUUUACCUCCUCUUGCACGUUAGAAAUAUUUCAUUGUACGUGUGUGAAUAGAUAAAAACAAAGAUGAAAAACGCCCUGGCUGAUAGGUGCUGGGAUAUACAUGAAUCUUAGACUUCUGGUACAGUAAAUUUCUAUUCCUUCCUCUUCGAAACUUCUUUCCUAUCUGGAUAUAUAAAUAACCCGUUAACUAUAAUAAGUAUCUAGCACAUCUCAUAUGCAUGAUGAUAGGUUUAUGAGUCUGUAUUCCCGUUUGAAAGCCAGGCCUGAAAGUACCCAUUAGUCCAUCAUGUUUUUUACUGAUAACUGUGUAACGUUAAACUGUUGAAGGACCAAUUUUCUCGUUAAUUUCAGAGGUGCUUGUUUGAGACAAAACCCUCCUUAAUACUAGCCCAGGGGCACCCGUAUCUUUAAAAACAGUCCUGUCAUUACAGACAAAAUAGAGGACAGAGCAAAGUGGAUUUGCUUCCAAGAUACCAUCAACGACGUAUUUCCCGAUUGUUAAGCUCACAGAAUGUAACAAAAUAGCGUGAUCUUAGAAGACCACAUUCCGCGUGAUGUCUCUACCCCUACAGGUUUAUCUGAGUAAACCUAUCCUAAUCCAUGUGCAUAUCAAGAGACAAACAAGACCUUUAUGGACAAGACAAAAAGUGUGAGCAGGAAUCGGUGCACGACGAGGCAUUACAUUUCAUUAACUAUAGAAUGAACGUGUUAUAUAUAGUAGAGUAUAGAUUCAUUCCUCAAGCUACCGACAUUUUGCACACUGCAGUCGUCCCUCAGUCGUAUUAGGGCGGUAUGCACUGGAUAGAUACCAGGGCAUUAUGCACUGGAAAGGUAUAUAAGUGCGAGCUUCACGAACUUGUGUCAUUAUUCAUUAAGCCUCUAGCCACUGAAGAAGUUGUACGCGACGAAACCGGUUUGGACGACAGGCUGAAUAAAGGUUCAGAAACUUGAACUAUGCGACUCCUGAUGUCUUACUG